CUUUCUCUCUCCUCUGACGCCUCCUCCCACACCCAGUACAAGAAACAAACUUUUCAAUGAUCAAAAUUCCCAGAGACGCAAAUUCUUGUACUGGUAUUGCAAUUCUAUAGAAUUUCAUUAAAACCAGAAAAAGAAAAAGACAAAACCAAAAACAAGAAAAAAAAAAUCAAAUUUUCAACGUGGAUUCAACCCUUGUUAUACCUUUGCAUGAAUUGGGUUCAUACGACAGACACUGUACGUAACGUUCAUUUGAUUGGUUCUUCCACAACGUGCGUUAUUCGUAUAUUCAUCUUAUCAAAUACCAACCCAUUGUCCAGCUUCGUCAUAUUUUGUAUAUUGUCUCUCGUUCCAACCUGAUUCCCGAGAUAUCAUACAGUUGAAUUUCCAAACUCCCACCUUCGUGGGUUUGUGGAAAAGUUGAGCGUUCACGAAGUUUGGAACGAGCGAUAUAUUGUUGUAUUUAUUCUUUUGGUAGGCACGGAAGCUUUUGGCAAGGUGUUGGCUUUGUUCGUUUGAAAACUUGGGAGGACUCAUGUUCCAUGAGAGAUGAGACGGGAAUUUUGCGUUCGGGUUGAUGAAGUUGAAAAAUAUAAUGGAAUUGACAAGACCCAAUUAUGCUGUUGUUUACGUCAUUCUCCUUUGUGCGUUGGCCCAAGGGGGUUCAGAGGGGAAAGGGGGAAAGGAAGAUGAGUCUUCUAGAGUUGGUGGAGGGGCAUCAAUUAUUUAUGUUCAUAGAUUGAAGGUAGCAAAUGACGGUAAACCCUGCAGGAAACAAUUGAUAGACAGGAACCUUGACUUGCAUCCUCUGGAAGGGAGUGGUGACAUAAAGAGUAUAAAAAGUAACAUAAACAGAGAAACUAAUUUUCUGCCACUUCAUAUAAAAAGAAAAACUUUAGACGGCAAAAGAACUAGUUCUAGUCCUGUUUCAGAAAAGGGUAGCUCUAGAUAUUUGUCAACAGAGCAUUCUGGAUCAACCUUGGGUGUGGAAAGAGGCCAUGGAAGAAACUUGCUUGCUGAUUCACCAAAGAAACAAACGGCACCAAGUCCUUCUCCUACACCAGCCAGUUCUCCAUUAUCACCAAGUAAUGGUCCAACACCAGCCAGAUCUCCAUUAUCACCAAGUCAUGCACCAACACCAGCCACUUCUCCACCAUCAACACCACCUCCAACUCCCAAAAAAAAGGAUUUACCACUCCCAAAAGAUAUGUUUGCACCAUUUCCACCUCUACCCCCUAUAGCUCGUUCUCCUCCCAAAAAUUCUAAACCUACAGUCCAGACUCCUGCUCCUCCAACAUCUAGCGCUGAUGACAAAAAGAAGAAAACAAUUAUUUUAGCUACCACUUUAUCAGGUGUUGUAAUCUUGAUAGGCUUGUUCCUAUGCUAUCGUGAGACCAAAAAGAAGAGAAGUGAUAGGGAUGACAGGCCUUUGCUCGUAUUAACCUCGGAUGAUUAUACUGGCGGUACAAGGAAGGUUGUUCAAUUAGGAAAUUCUAGAAGGGAUGAAUAUGGCAUUGGCGAUGGAAAGAACCCUUCUAAUGUUAGAAACUUGUCCAGUAGGAAGGGUGUAGAUGUCAACGUCUCAAUGGUUGACAUAGCAUCAUCAUCAUCAGAAGGCGGAAGAAAACUAACAGUAUCCCCUAGUGUAAAGUCUGACCCUCCUCCUCCUCCUCCUCCUCCUCCCCCACCUCCUCCUUCUUCUUCUUCUCUUCCUCCUCCUCCCCCUCCUCCUCCUCCAUCUUCUUCCUCUUCUUCUACUCCUCCUCCUGGCCGUACUGCUGGACCACCACCACCACCUCCUCCCGCUAAUCGUACACCGCCGCCUCCAAAAGGUGCUCAUGCUCCGCCAGCUCCUCCCAAACCAGUUGGAGGUGCGAAUCAUGGACCACUACUUCCUAAAGAAGGAAGUUCAAAUGACGGCGAUGCUCAAGCUCCAAAACCAAAACUAAAGCCAUUUUUUUGGGAUAAGGUUAAUGCAAAGCCUGGCCAAACAAUGGUGUGGCAUGAGAUCAGUUCGGGAUCAUUCGUGAUCAAUGAGGAAAUGAUGGAGUCUUUAUUUGGCUGCGCCAACCAGAACAAGAAUGAUCGCAAAAGAGAUUCAUCCUUAGAAAAUUCAGUGCAAUAUAUUAAGCUUAUUGAUCCUAGGAAAGCACAGAACUUGUCAAUUCUUUUGCGAGCUCUGAACGUCACAACAGAAGAAGUUGUCGAUGCUCUUGUAGAAGGCAAUGAGAUUCCCAUUGAGCUGAUACAGACUUUGCUGAAGAUGGCACCUACACAAGAUGAGGAACUGAAGCUAAGGCUAUUCACAGGACAACUGCAUGAACUAGGCCCAGCAGAGAGGUUUCUCAAAGUGUUGAUUGAGAUUCCAUUCGCUUUCAAACGUCUUGAAUGUCUGUUGUUCAUGCAUAACCUUCAAGAAGAUUUCUCAAGCAUUAAGGAAUCCUUUGCCACGUUAGAGGUGGCUAGCAACGAUCUGAGAAAAAGCAGGCUAUUCCUGAAACUCCUAGAAGCAGUUCUGAAAACCGGCAACCGUAUGAAUGACGGAACCUACCGCGGCCGUGCGCAAGCAUUCAGGCUCGACACCCUCCUCAAACUCUCCGACGUCAAGGGAACAGACGGCAAGACCACGCUCCUGCACUUCGUCGUCGAGGAGAUCAUCCGCUCCGAGGGAAUCCGCGCCGCGCGCAACGAAAGAGCCAGCCGGAGCAUCUCUAGCGUCAACACCAGCGACGAAUCUGACGAGGGCGAGGAGUCCGAGGAGCACUACCGCAGCGUCGGCCUCCAGGUGGUGUCGAGCCUCGGUGCGGAACUCGAGGCUGUGAAGAAGGCGGCGCUGAUAGACGGCGACGCGCUCACCACGACGGUGUCGAAGCUGGGGCACUCGUUGGUGAAGACGCAGAAUUUUCUUGACACGGACAUGAAGAACAUUGUGGAAGAGAGCGAGUUCCAGAACAGCAUGGAGCAGUUCAUGGUAAACGCGAGGAAGGAGGUGAUGUGGAUGGUGGAGGAGGAGAAGAGGAUAAUGGCGCUGGUUAAGAGCACUGCCGAUUACUUUCACGGCAAUGCCGGGAAGGAUGAAGGUUUGCGUUUGUUCCUAAUCGUACGUGAUUUCUUGAUCAUAUUGGACAAGGUUUGCAAAGAAGUGAGGGACACGACCAUGACGCCGGCGAAGGCUCCCACCACUACCAAGAAGAAGCCUAAGACUCCUACGGCUUCUUCCCCUAACGCGCGUAAUCCAGAUUCGCCAAAGCCAUCCACUAAUCUCCACAGUAAGCUCUUUCCUGCCAUUGCUGGGAGGAGAAUGGAUUACUCUAGCUCUGAUAGCUCCGAUGAUGACGACGACUAACUUCCACUUUCAUAUAUUGAUACGAAUAUGAUCUAAACUCAUCAAAAUGGCACCAGUUGAAGGAUUUGUCGGUCUUUUUUUAUAUAUUGUGGUGUUGUUUUGUAAAUUGAGCGAUAGAAAAGGGGAGGGUUGAUUUAGCUUUGUGGUUUGUGAAUGACUUUGACUACAAAGCCUGUUGUUGUACUGCUUCAUCUCAUGCAAAGUUCAGGAAACAAAGCAUUGUUAACGGGUUUCUUGUGUGCUGUAAGCUGCCUCUGAUUAUCUGAAGGGACAUGUGUAUUGAUUAUCGUAGCAUUUCAGUGUGGACUCUUGAUCAAUGCUUAGUAUGGUUUUGUUCUUCGAAGUUCUAAUGUUUUUCUUGUCUAACCUUUUACAUUGAAACCAAACAAGACUAGGAGAAUGAAGUUCUGG